AUGGUAAGAGAUGUUCCAACAAGAUGGAACUCUACUUAUCGUAUGUUCAAUAUUUCCCAAGCUUAUGAAAAAACAUUUGAGAGAUACGAUCUAAAGGAAUAUGAGUUUCGUUCCAACAUUGAAAAUGCGGGUUUAGCGAUUUCUUCGCCGAGCGAUUGGCAACAUAUUAGGCAUUUGUGUCAUUUUUUAAAACCACUUUGUGAUUUUACUGAAAGGAUUUCUGAGACACUAUACAUGACAUCAAACACGUGCAUUGAAGAUAUUUAUUCCAUUCGUACACUCUUGGAUGAUGCUAUUUCCAAUGUUAGCAUUUGUGAUAUUGCAUUGGCAAUGAGAGUAAAGUUUGAUAAGUAUUUUGGUGAUGUAGAAAAAUUGAAUUUAUUGCUCUACUUUGCUUUGAUUCUUGACCCAAGGAACAAAGUAAAAGUUUAUUCUCCAAGUAUUACUUCUAGUACUACCAGGUCUAGUAAUUCAUCGUCGAUUUUAGGGAAAUCCCAAAAUCCGGAUGCUACGACACCAAAACCACCAUUGAGAAAUAAGUUAAGAGAAAAGAUGAAAACAAACAUAGUUGAAUCAAUUGGCGAGUUGGAAAAGUAUUUGAAAGAAAGUGUUGAAGAAGAUUCAUCAAGUUUUAACAUUUUAAUUGGUGGAAAGUGA